UAAUAACUAGAAAUCUUCACUACAGGAUUCGCUAGCAUACUGAAACCCAGAUCGCCACGUUGGAAGUACUGUGUUGUCGAUGUAUUUGUGGAGUUGGAAGUAGUGUAUUAGUGAUAUUGUUUUGUGUUAGAAGUGGGUUAAAUUGAAUAAACAGAAAAAUGAAGGUGAAAGAAAUAGAGAGGACUGCGAAUGUGUCCUGGUCUCCUGCUGCCCAACACCCAGUUUUGCUAGCAGCAGGAACAGCAGCGCAACAGUUGGAUGCAUCUUUUAGUACGACGGCAGCACUUGAAAUAUAUUCCCUGAACUUGACAGAACCAGGUUUGGAUAUGGAACUACGGACUUCAUUACCCAGUGAUUAUAGGUUCCACAAGAUUGCGUGGGGAUGCUAUGGGUUUGGGAAAGAAUAUGGGAAUGGCAUUAUUGUUGGUGGGUGUGAUGGUGGGUGUAUUCAGGUAUAUAAUGCAGCCAAGGUGCUGGCUGGAGAAGAGGGCCUCGUGGCACGUCGGGACAAGCAUACUGGCCCUGUCCGAGCACUGGAUUUCAAUCCUUAUCAGGCAAAUCUGCUAGCAAGUGGAGCUUCAGAGUCUGAAAUUCUUAUAUGGGACUUGAACAGUACAGACACGCCAAUGCUUCCGGGGGCAAAGUCUCAACCAACUGAUGAUGUACUCUCUAUUUCUUGGAACCGACAAGUGCAGCAUAUUCUAGCUUCAACAUUUGCCCCUCGCUGUGUGGUUUGGGACUUACGGAAAAAUGAACCUAUUAUCAAACUUACUGACAGUACAUCACGAAUUCGUUGGAAGGUCGUCGCAUGGCAUCCAGAGGUAGCGACACAACUUUGUCUCGCGUCAGAGGAAGAUCAGAGUCCCGUUAUCCAACUGUGGGAUUUACGAUUUGCAACAUCUCCACUCAAAGUGCUAGAAAAUCAUCAGAGGGGUGUACUGUCAAUUGCAUGGUGCCGCCAAGAUCCGGAUCUGCUUGUGAGUUGUGGGAAGGACAAUCGUAUCUUAUGCUGGAACCCAAAUAGCAGCGUGCCAGGCGGAGAAGUAGUGUGUGACCUUGCAACAGCGAACCAGUGGAACUUUGAUGUGUCGUGGUGCCCACGAAACCCAGCGCUGAUUGCCAGCUGCAGCUUUGAUGGACAUGUAAGCGUAUACUCCCUGACUGGCGGGCAACAGCAGGUUCAAACAAGCAACAAGAUUGCUGAUUCAUUUCCUGGUAUGGACGCGUAUGUACAAGCUCCUGUUCCACAACAGCAACAGCAGAGUCCAGUCGAUCUCCGUAAACCUCCAAAAUGGCUCAGGAGACCCGUGGGAGUGUCAUUUGGUUUUGGCGGUAAACUGGUGUCAUUUACCAACGAGGCAAUUCGGGCUGGACAGACUGGCGUGAUGCACGCGGUGUACGUGAGUCAGGUGGUGACAGAGCCGGGACUGAUCGCCCGUUCUAACCAGUUUGAAUCGGCUUUGCAGUACGGCAAGUAUGCCGACUUCUGCCAAGUCAAGAUUUUAUCCAGCACGGUACCUCAUGAGCGCUCUCUUUGGAACUUUCUUCGUGCCAGCUUUGAGACUAACACGCGUGCCGAACUCCUUAGCUUACUGGGUUUUAAACCAGAUGAAAUAAAUAGCAAGCUUGGUAGAUAUAUUGGUAAGCCUGCUAAUGCUGGUCCUGCUGGAGAUGUGGAUGGAUUAAGUGACAGGGUGGGAGCACUCGGACGUGACAGUGACUCUGAUGGAGAGGCAGAUUGCUCUGAAAGUCCUCAGUCUACCUCCGUGUUGCCAGAUGGAGAUGCGAGCGCAGCAUUUGACAUGAUUGCGGCAGCUUCGAGUCUUCAUACAAAUAAAGUGGCUGAGAUCCCGGCUGACCCAUUCAAAAUAUCAAUUGCAGAUGAUGCAGAAGGACUGAUCUGUCAGGCACUCUUACUGGGCAACACAGAGGCUGCAGUUGAACUGUGUCUCCAGAACGGACGUAUGGCAGAUGCUAUCAUCCUGGCCAUGACUGGUGGUAGCGAUCUCUUGGCUAAGACCCAGUAUCGUUACUUUCAGCAAACAAACGGUUACCUUUCAACAAUAAUCUCUGCGGUAGUGACAGAAGACUGGAGUCAGGUGAUCAGAGCAUGUGAAGUUGAAAGCUGGAAGGAAGCCUUAGCAGCCGUGCUGACGUACACAAGGAAUGAGGAGUUUCCUGCCCUCUGUGAGCUGCUGGGAGAACGGCUGGAAGCUGAGGGUAAAGGCACUUUGUCUCUGAAUGCACAGCUGUGCUACAUUUGUGCUGGCAACCUGAAUAAACUUGUGGAGAGUUGGACGGCAGCAGAGAAGAUUGACACUCCAGCCAAGCUGCAGGACUUGGUGGAGCUGGUGGUGUUGCUGCGCAAAACAGUGGAGCAGCAGGGGCGGACCGUGGAGGUGUCUGGCAAGUUAGCCGAGGUGUUGUCGCAUUAUGCUGCCGUGCUUGCUUCGCAGGGAAACACGACGACUGCUCUCACAUACUUGCAGAACUCCGAAGAUGAACAGAUGGUGCUUUUGCGUGAUCGUUUAUACCGAGCACUUGGCCUCGGUCCAGCCUACCAGCAGCAGCCACAGCCGCAGCAGCAACAGCAACAGCAACGAGCUGUGUCGCACAGUUUUGGCAGGUUACCUGCAGUUACUCAGCAACCCACUUUCUCUUCCCAGCAGCAAUCAUCUGUACUGUAUGGACAAAAAUACAGUGCACCCGCAGUUCAGUCUUCAUUGUUCCCCGCCCAGCAACCACAAACAGCAGCAAAACCAUUUAAUAGUCCGACUGUACCAAAUUUCUACCCGGCAAACUCUGUUGCGAAACCUAGCACUCCGCAGCAAUUUACCCAGACAGUGGUGCCACCCAAGCCUUUUUCUCCUGCUCCACCAUCGUCAGCAGCAUCCCAGACACACGAUGGAUUUGGAAAUCCCAGUCAACUCAGCGCUCAAGCUGUUUCUGGUGCCCUUAAUCAGUCUGGUUCUACUUCAUCAUAUGCUAGGUCCUACUCACCAUUGAAACAAGAUGUUUAUGAGAAUGCCUGGGAAUCAGCCCAGAUUAGGGAUAACUCUUCAAACUUUUUAAGGUGGAGUGGAGGUAGCGCCACUUCUCGCAAGCCGUAUCUACGCGACCCGUCCGUACAGACUGGACCACAGUAUGGUGGUACAGGGAGCAUGUACCCUGGCGGUUUCAAUGCAACGCCUGUACCAAACAACCCAGCGGUACCAUCAUAUCCUAACCAGCCUGCCAAUACAUUGUAUCCAGCCGCAGAUAUUUACAAUCCUGCAGAUAACGUAAAUGCUCAGCCUAGCGGUGUGACCCCAGGUGUUCCUCCAGUGAAUACUCCACCUGGUUGGAAUGAUCCACCGAUACUGAGGGAUUCAUCUCGGAUCCAGGCUGUUCGCUCUGAGCCAAUUGUAGAAAUGUCUGCUGAACAUGCUGGCACCAGAAAAUGGAAAAGCAUAAUAUUUAAGAAGCCAAAAGCAGACUCUUUGCCACAGAAUCCCAUCACACAUCCGCUGUAUGGUGCUGUACCACAAGAAUCAGCUCCGCCCAUGGUACAAAAUAUGGCUGUGAAUGGUGGCUAUGUUGACCCGCUGGUUGGGGCUCCAUACCAACCCCAGCAAUCAUACCUGCAGCACCAGGCAUACCCACAGCAACAGCAACAGCAGCAGCAGCAGCAGCAUUUGUCCCCUGUAGCCCCUGCUAAAGUUGCUGAGCCCCCCAAGCCAAAAGGACCUAUCCCUGAGGAGCACAUGUACCUGCAGACGGUAUUUGAGGAACUACGGAACAGGUGCUCGUGUACUACAAACAGUGCGCAACUAAAACGGAAAUUAGAAGAUGUAUCUAGGAAGUUGGAGAUCCUUUAUGAUGCCCUGAGGGAAUCCAAGCUUUCUCCAUCCACAUUGCAAGGCCUACAUCAGAUAGUCCAGAUGGUGCAGAUUGGUGACUAUACUGGUGGUCUGGCCCUUCACACGCAACUAGUAUCUGGCUCAGACUUCUCGCAGAUUGCUAAUUUCAUGCCUGGACUUAAGGUACUUCUACAGUCCGCUAUGCUGCUUCAAGUCUAUCUGCAGUGAAUCCCGUUGUAAAUUUACCUGCGUGACGGGAAUAAUUGUGAAACUCAAUUGCAGUUUGCAAGUCCUGUGAAAGGUAACUGCAGAUGAACAUAUUCAUAACAUUAUACUUCAUGCGUGUUAGAUCCAUGUCACCUAAUACUACUUGUUAGACUAAUACUAUUACUGCAUCAAUUCAGAAAUGCUGGUAUGAUGUUCAUUUUAAAUACAUGUUACAGUGAAAUUUUGCA